UUGAUACCUUCUUAAAACACACAAUUUGAAUUGCUUAGCCUCAAAUUAUGCUAAGCCUAUUCAAAGGGGAAAAAACAAAGAGAAAAAGUUGAAUCUAGAAACUUAUGUAUUUUAACAAGGUUGUCUCUGAUUAUACCCCCAAAAAAAUACUGUCUUUGUGGUGCCUCUAUACAGAACCCCUGAAUAUUUUCUCCCACAAGUAAAUAUCUAAUUUAAGGGCCAUGGAAAUACUUGAUGAUGCAGUUGACAACAUGGGGUUGAGUAACAAAAAAGUUUCAAAGCUUCUACUUGUGCUUUUCAUAGCUAUUCCUUUGGUUUUCAUCACAAUUACCUCAAUGUGCAAAAUCUCAAAUAGUAAAUUACCAAUUAUGCUCCCGAAAUUGUAAAACGCUGACAUUAAUAAUCCUAAUAUUUGUUAACGACAAUUAUAUCCCUGAAAAGUCUAAAAACGCUACAAAUAUGCCCAACCGUGAAGUGAGGCCUUCUCCGUUAAACGGAACAUGGUGAUGUGGCAAACGGGAAUCCAACGUGGCAUUCUCAUAUGGCGUUGUGUGUCGUUCCUCCUUUAUACGGAAUCUGAGAGAAUGUUUUCCCCAAUUCAUUACAAACAUAAACCCUAAUUACUAUCAUGCAUGGUGGAAGCAGAGGCAUGUCCCAUAACAAUCGAAGGACACAGUCAGUGAAAAAUAGUAACUCUGAAGGGCUCGACGAACAGGGGAGCAAGCCAUAUGACGGGACAUGCUUCUGCCGUCUUCAAGUGGUGGCGUUGAAGUCGAAGACGAGGAGAAAUCCAGGGAGAUGGUUCUUCAGAUGUCCUCUGUGGAAGACGAAGAACACUGGGUGUCGUUAUUUUCAGUGGAUGGACGAAACCAACGAGGAAUCAGUGGGGCUGGAGGAAAUCUCGAAGAAUGGAACACAAGUAUGCAAUGAAUGUGGAGUCUUGAAAGGGAGAUUUACCAGUCUUGAGACAGAGACCAUACACAGAGAUGGGAAGAUGAUGAGGGCACACAUGAAGAGAGUUGAAUUGUUUUUAUGCAUCAUUCUGUGUGGAGUUGUUCUGAGUUUGAUUUUGAGUGUGAUUUGUUUGGUUAGGUAGGAGAAGGGAUGCA